AUUACUUGUACAUUAAAAACAACGACAACAACAUGCAUAUUUGAGUCGUAGUUCAGGAAUGAGACACGCCCCCUUCCGGGAAUCCGGACGUCACGAGCUCACCUGGGAACGCAGCUCGAGACCUGCGCGCGACAACAGGGUGAGGAAAGUGAAAGUGCCGAGCCAUGUCCUUGGCGUGGAGCUCGCUGUUCCUCGUGCUGGCUGGAGCUUGGCUGUGUGCAGCAGAUCUGAGGAUAUAUGACUCGCAGAAGAUUAUCGCCUGCUCUCAGGGUCUGACAGAGUGCAGAGUCGAUAAUAAGAACUUUGUGGUUCCACCAUCUGACUUCGGGCCCGUGGAGGUUUUGUCUUUCACCCUGGAGCCUGCUCUCUGCCUCACAGCAGCGAAGGCGUAUAAAGCUUGCCUCCUGAUCAAAAUCCAACUUCAAAUUCUCUCCAAUGAUGUCAGUGGAGAAACAUCAGAAGAAUCUGAAAAUGAAGCCCAUGCUGCAGUAACCCUGUGCUACGCAUCUGUACCAAAUCUUCAUUCCUGCAAGAGGAUUAAGUUUAUUGUAAAAUUCGACUCGGAGAACAACCAAGAGGUCAUGGAGGUGGUGGUGUACGACGGUGUGUUCCUGGGAAGCUCUGUGAAUGUCACCAUAAACAAGAUGUCUCUGGAGGUUGACUUCCCACAACAUAACACAGUGUGUCCUGAGUUUCCUGAUUUAGAAGAAUGUAAAAUUCCCAAAUUCGUGGCGAAGUUCGACUUGUCCAGGGGAGUGGUGGAGCUGAGAGGUGAGACGGAGGAGCUGCUGCAGAUGUGUAUGAGACGGAAAGGGAUGGGUCAGUGCUGGCCAAGCGAGCGGACCAUCCCUCUGCAUGCCGUCACACACUGCAUGUGUUUCCAGGCCUGGAGGCAAAACACAGAAGAUAAAAAAUCUUCCCGGUCUAUAAAUUGCCCCUUUGAGAAUAACACAGAGAUCCGCAAGAAUGCGGCGAAGAACGUGUCCUUCUCUGUGAGACACUCUGAGACAAAUGAAGGACAUCCAGCCCUAAGCUGGAACGUGAGCGCCCCCUGCAGGCUGGAGGCCGAGGUGUGGCCUUGCCAGAGGGCCGUGUAUCUGGGGGGAGGCUGCAGUGAAGUGCGCGGCUUCAGACGGCAUGUCAGCACAGGGUGGGAGGAGAACAUCACCAUGGUGUGGACAUCGGGCACGUUUUGGGACGUUAGAACUACAAACGGCCUGGAACCCUGCGUGAUGUUUAAGAUUGAUGGAGAAAUCUUCGGCCCUGUGUGUGAGCGUGACGUCCAUAGGGGGCGCUGGAUCUGCGGGGUGUUUGUGACGCUGCUGGUUUUCAUCCUGCUGGCUGUAGGAGUGUUUGUGUUCAGAAGCAGAUUUAAAGAGUGGCUUUCAGAGUCCAUUCCAGUCCAUCAGUCCUCAGGCCUCCGUGGUAAAGUGCUACUUGUGCACUCGUCCAUUUCCGAUACAUCUUUCAGAGACGCCGUGUGCCGAGUUGCUACUUGGCUUUCCGAUCUCGGGUUCGCCGUCUCCCUGGACCUGUGGGACCAGGAGCGCGUGAGCGAUCUGGGUCCGACCCCGUGGCUACACUCGCGCCUCCAACACGUCCAACAGCAUGGAGGCAAAACCCUACUGCUGCUCUCGCGUGAGGCCGUGCUCCAAGCCAGAGCCUACUACGAAAGCUGCAGCGGUGCGAUGAACAGAGAAGACGACAAGGCGAACAAUAUACCCCCGCCGUGGACCUCUGACGUCUUCAGUUCGGCUCUCAACUCCCUGUUCUCCGCUCAGCUGAGGGGCGCUGACGCCAGGCACUUCGCCCUGGUGCAGUUGGACUCUGAGGAACUUGACCUGUCUGAGCUUUUUCAAGGCCUCCGGCUUUAUCGUCUGCCCUCGGAAUCUCGGUGUCUUCUGGCCGAUCUCCACUUCGGGUGUCCGGGGAGCCUUGGAGCCCGGCUCAAGAGGUUCCUCUGGUCCUGGAGAGCGUCUCUGAAGCUGGAGGAGAGACUGAGGAGACGUGAGACAGAGCAGAAACAGGAGACACUCCCCCUAAAUAUUUAACUCGGGCUCAUAUUUAUCUCAGGUGGCAGGGAUGAAGCUAACAAUUCUGAAAUGAAGUUCACCUACAAAACAUAUGAAGGAAGAAAACACUGACGUAUGAUUCGUUCACUUCUGUAGUGAACUCAGUAUCAGUUCCAAAGUGAAGACCUUCAUGUGUGUUAUAUUUUCCCCCAUCAUUCCUUUUCUACAGCUUUAUUUGUGCGUAGAUGAUGUCGUGCAGUUCCAUGAAUCAGGGAGACUUUAGCUCGGGUCAGAUGUCUUCACUCCUGUACGGAAAUCGAGCUGACGUCUCACUCCUGCUUACUCAGCGCCUUCGCUUCUGAUCGGCCGUGAUCCAAAACCCGUGCGUAGCCGCAGUGUGCAGCUCUAAAGGACAGUUUUACCAUCAGCAGCCUUUUUUUUUUUUUUUUAAGCAGGACGGAGCACAAAAGUGGGUUUUGACUCCACGAUGUGUAAUAAUACAUACACGAUGGGACGUAUUUUAUUAUUAUUUAUUAUUUCUUUCUUGUUACUUUUACCGGAAAGAGCGUAAAAAGGAGUUUUUGUAACAUUAAUUUUAACCAAAAGUAUAAGCAAGUUCAAGAAUUUGUAUUUCACAUACAGUAUCUUAAUACAUAUUAAGUGCUAGAUUCGGAGUUUGCCAAAGAAUGUUUUUUUUUAAUAUUUAUUUUUUUAAGAACGCUAUUUUUUUCCUCAACAGUAGUGGAAGAAGGUUUAGCCAUCACGUCCCUGACGCAGGAAGACUUUAUGGACUAGGCCUGAGUAAUAAAGACAAAACAUCACCUCUCAGUAUUAGAGGACGUUUAUACAAUACGUGAUAUUUAGCAGAAAAGCGGUAGUGCUGUUUUCAAUUAUACUAAACGAAUAAAAUGGCAAAAUCCUUUCAUUUUUAC